UUCAGUUAUUAUAUAAACAAUGCAAUACUUUAGAUCGUGAUAAUCAGCGAUUACACAAAAACAAUCAUACCAGUGAGAAAAAGGCUAGAAGGAUUAAAGGUGCCAAUUCGCUUUUUGAUUUAGACGAUGAGAGAGUUUUGAAAUAUGAUAAGGAAGAGUUAUUGAGGAUCUUGAAGGACAAUCAUUAUCAUUUCUCUGAAGAUUCA